AUGAAAAGUAUGGUCGACUGCCAAGACAAUCUCAAUUGUUGGCAAAGAAGGAGAAGAAGAUAUUCGAUAGUGCUGACUGGGCCAAACAACAAGAGGCAAACAAGAAGAAGCCACCUGUUGGUGUUGGUAUCGAGAAGACCAUCAACGAAUAAUAAUAAUAAUCAAACAACUAUAUUAAAGAAUAGAGUGGCAGUCCAUCUCCCCUUCAUCUCCUCCUCCUCCUUCAUUAUGAAUGAUGGAUGGAUUGAUGGAUUGAUGAAUGGAUUGCACUCAUUUGUAUUAUGU